GCACGUCCAGUUCGCUUACAACCAAGUAACUGUGACGCGGGUGUCCGAACCACGUGACGACUAAAAGGCGGUGCCGGGCAGGAAGAGAACAGAGAGAGCGCGCGGCACAGCGAGGAGUGGGGCGCGUGACGGAGGCAUUUAUCACAAGGACCGCGAGUAACAGAUCAAGGCGCGCGACAGCCCGGGGGCGGGGCGGACUAAAGAAGACACCCGACGGGUCAUUGAGUGAUUCAACAUACACCUACUUUUGUAUUUAGUACCUUUCGAGCCUUCGCGCUGUCAUUCCCUCCCCCGCUUGUGUUGAGUGGGCGGCUCCGGAUUGUAGCGUGUCCCGGAUAUUGUACAAGGGGGCCUCACCACCUCCUGUUCCCUCCUCCUUCUCUUCCUCGCCUCCGCCCAGCUCACCCGAACACCCGCCCGGCAGCAGUAGCGACAGCAUUAUGGCGCUGAAACGGAUCCACAAGGAACUCAAUGAUUUGGCUCGUGAUCCUCCAGCUCAGUGUUCCGCCGGCCCAGUUGGAGAUGAUAUGUUUCACUGGCAAGCAACAAUAAUGGGACCUAAUGACAGCCCAUAUCAAGGUGGUGUGUUUUUCUUGACGAUUCAUUUUCCAACAGACUAUCCCUUUAAACCUCCUAAAGUUGCGUUUACAACAAGAAUCUACCAUCCAAAUAUUAACAGCAAUGGCAGCAUUUGUCUUGAUAUUCUCAGAUCACAGUGGUCCCCAGCUUUAACUAUUUCUAAAGUUCUUUUGUCAAUUUGUUCACUGUUGUGUGACCCAAACCCAGAUGACCCUCUAGUGCCAGAGAUUGCACGGAUCUACAAAACAGAUAGGGAAAAGUACAAUAGGCUAGCAAGAGAAUGGACAGAAAAAUACGCUAUGCUGUAGGGUACAACAGAAUAGCCCGGGAAUGGACUCAGAAGUAUGCUAUGUGAUGCUACCUUCAAGUCUGAAUAACCUGCAUUAUAGCUGGAAUAAACUUUAAAUUACUGUUUUCCCUCUCCCUUUCAGACCUCAUCUACUUGCCCUUUCCCCACUUCUUUUUUUUUUUUUUUUUUUUUUAAUUUUUUUUUAAUUUUAUUUUUAUUUUUUUUGUUUGUUUUUUUGUGCUGCCUCCCCUUAUGCACAUGCUCACAUGGGAAGACUUUAGUUCAGCAUUGGACAGAAACUGCUAUAGACUGUCAAGUAGUUGCCAGAAUACUAUUGCCCAAGAUAUAUAAUCUUUUCAAACGGAGCAUGUGUUAUACCUGGCCAACGUAUUCACUUAACUUGGUUAUGAGACUAAAACCCAUCCUUCAUUUCUGGCACAACUGGUGAAGAUUAGCGCCUUUGGGGGGGGAACGUGUUUGGGGAGAACGCUCAAUUGUCUAGCGUUUUUGGCUGGCAAAAAAUGCGAUGACAACCUGUUUAGUCAGCCCUUCCAGUGUUAGAAAUUUGAGAUCUUAAGAUGUACUUUAUGCUCAUAACUGAUGUUUUGGGUGGAGAGUUGGUGUUUGAAAAUGUAUAGCAGCAGAACAGAAAAAUGUGAUGUAUUUUAUGCAUGUCAAUAAAUAUGACAAGUGGAAACUGAAAGCUGACACCCCAUUGAAUACCAAGUAGGAUCAAAACAUUGUGUAUUUUUUUUUUUUUUUUUUUUUCAUUUGGAAACCAUUUUUGGAGGCUCUGAGCUAUUAGUUAAUCUAUCUUCCAAAACACUGUUAAUAUAGCACUGAAUACAUGAUGCAAGCGUCAAUGGUUGACUGAUCAACUAAUAGCUCUUUAGAAUUUUUUUUUCUUCAAUAAAGUUGCAUAAACCAAUGUGGUAGCUGCCUGACUUAAUGUUUGCAACAUAUUUUCUUUGUAAAUGCAACAAAUCUGUGUGUAUAUAAAGUUUGGAUUUUGUUCUGUUUGACGUCAAAUUAUGGUGUACAGGUCACGAAAACACAAUAUUUUCCUGUGUUAAGUUUUUUGAUCAUCUUAUAUUCAGAUUAUAUUAAAUAUGCCCUACAAACUGGGAAGAUCCAGCACUGAGUAUAUGACACAGAUUAUGAGAGCUGGUGGGUUUCAUAUCGGGUGGGUGUCUGAUUUAUCGGGUGGUUAAUGCAGGUGAGGCAAAGGUUUUUUUCCAGCCUUCAAGAGAGAUCUUUCAGCACACUGACUGCUCUGAGAUGUGAAGCCGGGGUACUAGGGCUAAAGGGUUUAAACAUGAUAAAAUAGGCAAACUAAUACUACACAGCCAAAUCCCUAUUGGCAUGUGGGAGUGUUAUUGUGAGGCUUGUUUAAAGUGAUUUUUUUUUUUAAAUGUGGGAUGUUCAUUAGAUUGAAAGGAUUAUUUGCUCUGCUGUUUACAAAAAUACGUAUUUUAGUGCAAACAUAAAUUUAAUCUCUCUAGGUGACUUUACCAUGAAUGAAUAAAAGCAGUACUGUUUUUCAUUUCACAAUAAAAAAAGCUGUCUGUG